CGAUCGGCCAUUGUGGGGUUUUUUUCAGGCGGGAGGACGGGAAGACUGUCUAGCGCGGAGUCCGCGCUAGAGGCUUCUCUCAAUUUGUGAGCCCAGAAAACAUCUAAAUAUGGUGCCAUCUGGAAGAAAGCAUUCGGGGAAAUCUCGGAGGAUGUCACUGCAGGAUCAGGUCUUACGAGCCUAUGACUUUGUGAAAGAAGAGCAAGAUCUGAAGGAUUCAGAGGAGGAUGUCACUAAAGGGAAGAUUCCAGGAAUUCAUAAGCGUGGGAAGAAAAGGACAUCUGCAGGAAUAUUUGAAGAUAUGGGGGGUGAAGUACACACUAUACUGGAAAGACUUGGAGCUGGCAUUAACAUGGCUCUUCUUGCCAAGAGAAAAAGACUAGAAAUGUAUGCCAAGACUUCUCUCAAAAAUAGUAACCAGAAAAUUGAGAAUAUUUGGAAAACCCAACAAGAGAAAAGGAAGAAGCUUAACCGAGAGUAUUCUCAGCAAUUUCUGGCUUUGUUUCAUCAGUGGGAUAUAGAUAUGCAGAAAGCUGAGGAACAACAAGAAAAACUAUCUAACCUGUUCCAACAGCAACAAAAGGCUCUUCAACAAUCUAGAAUUGUUCAGAGCCAGAGACUGAAAACAAUUAGACAGUUACAUGAGCAGUUCAUAAAGAAUAUGGAAGACUUUGAAAAGAAUCAUCAUAAUCUACUUACCGGCGCACAAAAUGAACUUAGAAAAGAAAUGGCUAUGUUGCAAAAAAAAAUUAUGAUGGAAACUCAGCAGCAAGAGAUGGCAAGCGUUCGAAAGUCUCUUCAAUCCAUGUUAUUCUGAUGACUCUUUGAAGGAAGAACUUGAACCUAAAUAAUAUGAUACAAUUAUAACAUUAGCUAAGGACAUGUAAUUCUUUAGAGUGGUUUAAAUAUUCUAGUUUAAAAUAAUACAUUGUGUUAAUCUUUAGCUUCAGUGCAAGAACCCCUUUCUGUUAACCUUCACAUAGAGCUGAAUAGUUAUGUGAGUAGUAGCAAUUCCUAAAUUAUAUAUACCAAGCCUUCAGUUCUUUAAUUGUAAUUGUGAAUUUAUCUCUUUAACACUUGUCAAGUAACUUCGAGCAAUAAAAAUGAUUUAAUUUCA